UGUCGAUACAUCGAGGGUCUCUCUAUCCCAACUGUACACGAACUAAAAAUACACUUGUCGUUCAGGAUUAUUGAAGUUGUUCGAGCGAACCAAAUUCGGAGCGAUUCUCCAAUCCAACAAAAUACGCAAAACGAACCAGACAUUGAUAAACCAAAGCACAAAAUUGUAUUGUGUGUAAACAAAAACCGGACGCUUGCUGAACCAACGACCAACGUCAUAAAUAUGGUAGGCAGGAAUGCCAAAGCAUUGUCACAUUUCCACCGCCUCACCGAGUACGUUGUGCAAUGCAAGCAUUGUGAUAAGACGCUGUCAUCUAAACACACAUCCUCGAAUCUAACGCGCCACCUAAUUCGCAAUCACAAACUUCUCGCUCGCGCCAUAUUUGCCGGCGACGAGGGAAAAAUGCUGGCGGAACUGCGCGAGGAACUCAACGCAACCGAUGCGGAGCCCGAUCUCCAUUUGGGCGCAGAUGUCAACAUGGGAGAGCGCGAGACUAAAACUGCAGUACGCACCAUAAUUGACAAUCAGCAACAGCAGCGUCACGAGCAGCAACAUCAUCACCCCGAGAUGCGCAACAAAGUCAUUGGCAAAAACAACAAACUGUGGGCGCAUUUUGUGCGCAUUUCCGAGUUUAUGGCAAAGUGCAAGCAUUGUAGCAAAACGCUCUCAUCAAAGCAUUCGUCGUCCAAUUUGAUGCGACACAUUAUCCGGCGCCAUCACAAUUUCUCCAAAAAUCUUAGCUAUUCUCAACACAGUCUGAUAUCACCUAAGAAGGAGCUGUUAAAGGGCGAGGAGCGUCGUCAAGUCGAUCCAUUGGAAAAGGUGGACUUUGAUGAUGUCGAUAGCAUCAUUGAGAAGGUCACGGACCAUAUGGAUGAUGAAGAACCCUUCUAUGAAUAUGUGGUGGACAAUACAGAAAUGAUGGUGCCGCGACACUGUGAAGAAGAACCCUCCAAUCUGACCAAUUCCAUGGAGCAUCCAGGCGACACAAAUUCUCUGACGGAGCCCACUACACAAUUGGAUGAAAAGCUAAAGGCGGAGACCAUUUAUUACAAUGAGAUGGCUGAAUUGGCCAGGGCCAAGAGACGUUUGAUUGAUCUGCAGGCAAAGAAACUGUUACUGGACAUGAACGUAGUCGAUGACAAUUGA